UCAGAAAUACGCGCUAAUCGUAACCAACGCAACAUAACGCGUAACCAACUAGAACUAAAUUCAAUGACUUUAUCUGACCGCGUGAAUAUUAUGUUACGAAAUAAUAAAAUAUACUAGAAAACAUAAUUAAUAUCGAUAGCCGUGUAUAAGCGCAGGAAACAAUCAUCGCAAUAUGGCUGACAAUUCCCCUGAAAACGAUCCAGCUUCGCAAAACGAGGCUGGAACUUCUGACAGCAAUGCUCUUCGACAAGGUAGUUCACCUGAUACUGGAUCGUUUUUUCGGAGGCCGGCUAUAGAUCCAGAGUCUCCAGUUCCCGUGUCUAAGAAAUUCAAGCUGUUCUUUUGCACCCACUACAGGGGCGUAGUGGCUUUUGUAGUGCCAUUCAUUUUUAUUUCGAUUCUUGCGCCUUUUCCACCGGAGAAGUAUCAAUGGUGUGCCUACACCCUGGGCGUGAUGGCCGUGUACUGGGUAUUCGAAUGCAUCCCGUUGGCCGUCACGUCUUUCAUUCCCCUCAUUGUUUUCCCGCUAACCGACAUCAUGUCUACCCGGAUAACUUGCUUGGCUUUUGUUAACGAUUCUGUAAUGAUGUUCUUGGGGAGCAUCAUGCUUGCGUCGGCGGUGGAGCAAUCCGGUUUACACAAGCGCAUGGCCCUGUACGCCAUCAAGGUCAUUGGAUACUCGCACUAUAAAAUGCUGUUUGCUGUUGCUUCCGUGACAAUGUUCAUAUCGAUGUGGAUUACGAACACCGCCGCUGUUACUAUGAUGGUGCCCAUAGUGUUUGCUUUGUUAAAAGUUUACGAAAGUCAAAAACUUUUCAAAAUGUACAAUGUCAAUGACAAAACGGGAGAAAAAACGGCAACGCCUCUAACAAGCUGUUACUUUUGUUGUAUCACAUAUGCAGCUACCAAUGGUGGCAUUGGAACCCUUGUUGGCACUGCAACUAAUUUAGUAUUUAAAGGACUCUUCGCUACUGCAUAUCCUACGGCGCCGGAAUAUAUAUCUUUUCCCCUGUUUUCUGUCUUCGCUAUACCGCUCAUGAUUGUGAUCAAUAUGUUUAUGUAUUUUUACCUUGUGAUAUGUUACAUGGGACUAUUCAGACCAAAUAGUGCGGCUGCUAAAAGUGUCAAGAUAUCCGCUGAUGGCUUAACAACUGCCAAAAAAAGAGUUGAAAGUGACAUUAAGGAUCUUGGCCCAAUGUCUUGCCAUGAAAUUAUGGUACUUUGUCUAUUCUGCUUAGCAAUAUUGCUAUUUUUUUCACGAUCACCUCAAGUUUUUCCUGGAUGGGCUGACAGAAUAAGAGAAGGUUAUGGAAUUGAUAACGCAAAAUUUAUCAGAGAUUCAGCAGCGGCGACAUUUGUUAUAUUUCUAAUGCUGGUAUUUCCAUCUACCUCGACCAUGUUUCAGAACUAUAAAGUAAAAUUUGUCGACGAACUUCCAAAGGGGCGAAUUCCGUCUUGCCUUAAUUGGGAUGUGAUGAAUGCUUCUUUGCCGUACAGUUUUGCAUUUUUACUUGCUGGAGGUUUUGCCUUGUCCACUGCGGCAGGCAAGCAGUAUUCCGAUUUGAAUGGAAAAAUUGGAGAAGGAUUACAGAAAUUGGAGGGCCUGCCCAACCCAGCUAUUCUUUUCAUAAUUAUCAUUUUUACAAUCUUUGUUACUAAUUUUGCCUCAAACGUAGCCGUUUGCAACGUGAUUACGCCAAUAGCAAUGCAGCUGGCUGCAAAUGUGAAUGUGAAUCCGCUGUGGUACAACAUUGCGACCGGGAUCGCCGCGUCGUUUGCCUUCAUGAUACCGGUGGGGACUCCAGGGAACCUCAUUGUUCAGAGCGCCGCAAAUAUACCCACUUCGCAUAUGAUCAUAGCAGGAAUUGGUCCCACUAUCACUACACUGUUCUUCACUUGGCUGUUCACGUAUUUCUACGCACCAGUUAUAUGGCCGAUUAUGAAUGAGAGCAAGCCGGAGUGGCUGGCCUAAUAACCCAAUGAUGCUCAUGUCACUAUUUGAAACACAAGGUUACAUACGUAGUGAACAAUCCUUUGUCAUCGUAUUUUCUCGGAAACGUUCGUAUUUGUCUGCCUACUUCAGUCAACCUCAGUACUUUUUGUACUUGACACAGACACGUCGUGCGUUUUCGUAAAAAUACGAUGGUAAAAGAUUACUCACUACAUCUUAUACUCAAAUAUGUAUCUGUGAGUUUGUUAUCAGGUUUUCAACUAUAAAUAAUAUUUUGGUUGGGUUGGUAUACUAAUUUUAUUUCAAACUAUAAUACGAUUAUUAAUUUAUUCAGCUAACAUUAAUGUUUAUGAACUGAAAAGUUUGAUGUUUGACCGUACUUUUUUGUUUGUAUUACAACAACAAUACUUAACAGUAGGUAGUUAGCAUUUUAUGUUUAAUGACGAUGUAUGUAUGUGGCAUCUAAUGAAUAAAACUGAUAUGAAAAUAUAAUGUUUUUUGUUAAGAUCCUAGUUAAUAACCCAAUGCUGGGUAAAUCUCUCCCUCCCUGUCUUCUGCUUAUCUCUGCAAAUCAAUAUAGAAACCAUAACUGAUUUUAAGGUCUCAAUACUGCACUAAGUUUCAGCAAAUUUAUAGAAAGCAAUGGUUUGAACAGCAAGCUCAUGGAAAUGCAAGCUUGCAGUAAGUGUAUGUACAUUAUACAUAUAUGAAACAAGGAAGAUAAUUACCUUCAUACUUGACCUCUGGCCUAGUCG